AAUUAGAUUAGUUUGCUGACAAAACCUGUAAAGGAAAAAGCUUCCCCUGCAAUCUUCAUGGAUAAAUUCUGCAAGCAAGAACUCUGUUGAAUUAUUAUUACAUAAAGUCUGUUAACAUUUUAUGAAGUCUAGAAUGAACUUCUAAGAAACAGGCAGAAAUUUCUUACUACCUGCAAUCCUGAAGGGUGGUUUCUGACUUCUCUUUCAAAAGACAGAAGUCAUCCUAGGAAGAAACUGCACAUGAAUCCACAGGAAAUGCACCACAGCCGCAGCUUUGACAGGACUGAGCAGGUACCAUGAGCAGAUAGUUUCUGUAUCUUUCUUUCCCCACUAAAAUGACUAAAGUGCAAGAAAUAUGGACUAUGUAUUGCUGGAAGGGAGCCGUAGGCCGCAGCUGGAUUUAUCCCACACUGAUCAUAUGUGCAAAUGGAUUCUUCUCCACGAUGAGGCCAUCAGAAUCUUUUCUCACUCCUUAUCUAACUGGACCAGACAAAAACCUAACAAUUGAAGAAGUUACAAACCAGGUUUUCCCAGUUUGGACAUACUCCUAUCUUGCACUCCUUCUCCCAGUCUUCCUCAUUACAGACUAUAUGCGCUACAAGCCUGUCCUCCUCCUCCAAGGCAUCAGCUUCAUCGUCACGUGGCUUUUGCUCCUCUUCGCACGUGGAGUGGUGGCCAUGCAGAUAGUGGAAUUCUUCUACGGGAUGGUGACAGCCACCGAGGUCGCCUAUUACGCCUACAUCUACAGUGUUGUCAGCACUGAUCACUAUCAGAGAGUGACGAGCUAUUGCAGAAGUAUCACUCUGGUUGCAGCCACCACUGGUGCUGUGCUGGGACAGCUGCUGGUUUCCUUAGCAGAUGUAUCCUACUUUCACCUUAACGCCAUUACUCUGGCUUCUGUGUCCCUGGCAUUCCUGUGUUCGUUCUUCCUCCCAAUGCCCCAGAAGAGUAUGUUCUUCCACAGGAAACGCAUCGCAGAAGCUCUCCCAGGAACACACAAAACAGUGGCUACGGUCAGCUCCGACAGGCCACUGAGCUGUCAAGAGGACAAGAGCUCUCCAUCUGCUGACGUGGGACCAGCCCCUGAACAGCAGGCUGGUAAUGCCAAGCCACAGAAUCAUGUGCUCAGGGUUCUGGUGCAGCUGAGCAAGGACUUGAGGGAUUGCUACAGCUCUAGGAAACUUCUCUACUGGUCCCUGUGGUGGGCUCUGGCUACAGCAGGCUUUAACCAGGUCCUGAAUUAUAUCCAAGUGCUGUGGGACUUCAGAGCCCCCUCUCACAGCUCUGCGGUGUACAACGGAGCUGUUGAAGCAAUUGCAACUUUUCUAGGUUCAGCAACAUCCAUGGCAGUUGGAUAUGUCAAAGUAAACUGGGAUCUUUAUGGAGAACUGGCUUUGGGAAUUUUCUCUGCAAUGGAUGCUGGUUCUCUGUUUCUCAUGCACUUUACUGAUAACAUCUGGGCAUGUUAUGCUGGUUACCUUGUCUUUAAAGUAUGUUAUAUACUCCUUAUAACAAUAGCAACGUUUCAGAUUGCCGUCAAUCUAAGCAUGGAGCGUUAUGCUUUGAUGUUUGGCUUUAACAACUUCGUUGCACUGGUGAUUCAGACAAUUUUAACUGUUCUUGUAGUAGAUUCAAAAGGUCUGGGACUCGGUAUCAGCACCCAGUUUCUCAUUUAUGGCAGCUACUUCACAUUCAUAGCUGGAAUUUUCCUAAUCAGAAGCAUAUACACCAUGAUUGCCCUCAACUGCAGAAAUACCAAUGUGGUUGGUGAAAGCAGUGAUCAUUAACAGAGACAAAAGGAAUGGCUGCAAGCUACAGUGCAGAAGGUGGCAUCAUCUGAACUUUUUCAGCUGGAAGUUGUGACACACAUUUUUAAAGCAAGUUAAAUAGCAAUAAACCAGUUGGUUUUGUUUGUUU